AAGGAAGCACAUUACGUCAAGGAAGAUUGGCCUUCCAUUGCUCGGGAUGGUGUUUGUCGCGUGUCUACACUAUUGUUCUUCUACACCAUAAGGAGAAAUAUUCGAUCAGCGACGCCAUAGGUGCAUACUUGCAAUCUCAAGUCAAUACAUACUCGCUAGCAUGUCCUCAUCCAGCUCGCUACCUUCAUCUGGCAUAACGAAAACUCCCAAGAGGACCUCGACACAUCGUCCAACACGAUCAGCACAGCGAACAGAAGUCAAGAUAAACGUAUACGACCUGCUACCCCCAGGUAGACUCUCCUCCUUCUUAUGGACAAUAGGUGGCUCCCUACUCCAUUCUGGCGUUGUCAUCAAUGGCAGGGAGUACGCGUACGGAGGUCAUGACAAACAAGGCUUGACAGGAGUUUAUUGGACUCGACCGAAGUCAGAGCCCCCAGGCGGCACAUUCCGCUGUGAGCUUCUUCAAGGAUUCUCAUUCCUCGCCGAUAACGAGCUCGAUAUCAUCAUCCAGGAAGCGUCCCAAAAAUUUCAGGGUACUUCUUACAACCUCCUCACAAACAAUUGUAACCACUUCACGUCAUAUCUUUGCCAGGCUCUUACGUCUCGACCUGCGCCCUCAUGGCUCAAUAGAGCGGCAAGCAUUGGUGUAGCAUUACCAUGCGUGGUGCCUAAAGAGUGGAUCGCGCCGCCUGAUCACGAGACUGCAGAAGGCGAGCUGCUAGACGAGGAAGACGACGAAAGCGCGGCUAUGCUUCGGAGACACAGGGCAGAUGUAGAACAUCAUGCUUACGAUGAUAUCUCUCGACAUCGUGGGAGCAUAGAUCGUAUGGAAAGCAGAAAUGAGGGACUCGACACGAGUGGACGACCCAUGCCACCGGCCGAGCGGGCUCCUCGGAGAUGAGGUUCGUAGAUAUUAAACAUUGAGCGAUGGGAAGAUUCGAGGCGUAUGGAGUUAUUUUGAAGUCGGUCAAUCCGCUUUGUAAUCUAUGUUGACUGGCCGCGGCUCCUUCAGUAUUAGGGAGCUGCAAACACCUUCAUUAAAACGCCCUCGAGUGGCUUCUAUGUUAUGUACAUGAGCUUUCGAGCUCGUGAUAAUGUAAAGUACACGCGUCAGUAGCAUACGUCGACAAUGGCAUGGCGCACCGAAAGAUGCUCGUAAAGGACUCAGCCCAGCCUCCUUGGCUUUGAACCUCUUGGACCUCCAUGGGCAAUAGGUGUGACAUC